ACACCGUCUCUCACCAUAUGCUGAAUAAAGCCUUGUUCCUUGCAGCCCUGCCUGCCUGGUUACAUGGACUGUUGCUAAUGAAAGGGGAGGUAGCUCGCUCUGUCUACUCAGCCUACCGGAGUUGAGCUUCCUGUCAGACACUGCUGCUGAGUGCUUCCAUUGAGACCCGGAAGGAAGCCUGAACUGAACACCUCAGCUGCUGCUCCCCCGACCCCCUCUGUGCACAGCGGGGGAGGCUCCUGGGGCAGCCCCGGGCAGCUCUGCAGGCAGAAUUUAAAGCAUAUGCAGGGAGAGAGUCUGGGGGAAGCGGGGUGUGAAAAGGACUAAAGCCCUUUCUGAAACCUCCCCAAUCGCCCUUCUCACCCUGACAAGCUGCAGAAUAACAUCCGUGUUUUGCUCCACAUCACUUCACUCUGGCAGGGGAAGGGAAAUGGCUGCAGUGGAGCUGGAACAGGGACUGGUGACCUUCAGAGAGGUGGCUGUGUAUUUCUCCAAGGAAGAAUGGGCUCUUCUGGACCCUGAUCAGAAAGCCCUCUACAGGGACGUCAUGCAGGAGAAUUGCGAGACACUGACCUCACUGGGAUUUGUUACUCCUAAACUUGACUUGGUCUCACAGCUAGAACGAGGAGAGAUGUCAUGGGUCCUGGAUCUCCAGGGCUCUGAGAAAAGGGACAUGCUGACAGGAACCUGCAUAGCAGGUGAUGGGACAGUGAAUAACAACAAGGAGGAGAAUUCUCAGCAAGAAGGUGCUGAGCAAGUUGAACCACAGGGGAUGGUAUCGGGAAGAUCAGAAGGGGAUGUUUCCCAGACUUCUGAGCUGGGAGAAGCCUGUCAGACACAGCUCAGACCAGAGAGGCUGCAGAAAAACCUCUCUGGGGUGACAUGGGGUAAAUCCAGUCACCGUGGGAGAAGUCUCAAAGGCAUCCCACUCCGUCAGGCAGCCCACUUGGGAGAGGGGCCAAAGACACGUGGUGACUCAGGGGAAAGCUACAAUAGCAUCUCACACAUUAUUAGUCAGCAUAGAAUCUGCAGAGCAGGAAAAUCCAAGAAAUGCGCUGACUGUGGAAAAAGUUUUGCUUAUAAAUCGGAACUUGAUAGACACAAUAGAAUCCACACCGGAGAUAAACCCUAUAAAUGCCUCAACUGUGGGAAAAGCUUCACUCUGAGCUCCACCCUGAUAAAACAUCAGAAAACUCACACGGGGGAGAGACCCUAUAAGUGUCCUAACUGUGGGAAAAGCUUCCGUCAGAGCUCACACCUUGCUAGACAUGAGGGAACCCACAGGGAAGAAAAGCCCUUUAAAUGCCCUGACUGUGCAAAGCAUUUCAGUUGCAGCGCAAAUCUUCUUACCCAUCAGAGAAUCCACACAGGAGAGAAACCCUAUAAGUGUCGACACUGUGGGAAAAGCUUCACGCACCGCUCAUACCUUCUAGGCCAUCAGAGAAUCCACACAGGAGAGAAACCCUAUAAGUGUCGACACUGUGGGAAAAGCUUCACGCACCGCUCAAACCUUAGUACACAUCAAAGAAUCCACACAGGAGAGCAACCUUGCAAGCCUAAGGGCUGUGGGAAAAGCUUCAGUGUGAGUGCAGACGUGAUUGGCCAAAUCCACACUGGAGAUAAAUCCUAUGAAUGCCUCAGCUGUGGGAAAAGCUUCAGUCAGAGCUCCACCCUGAUAAAACAUCAGAAAACUCACACGGGGGAGAGACUCUAUAAGUGUCCUAACUGUUGGAAAACCUUCCGUCAGAGCUUGCACCUUGCUAAACAUGAGAGAACCCACUGGGAAGAAAAGCCCUUUAAAUGCCCCGACUGUGCAAAACAUUUCAGUUGCAAUAUGAAUCUUCUUACCCAUCAGAGAAUCCACAUGGGAGAGAAGCCCUACACGAUUUCUGAUUCACCGUCUGUGAUCUCCUGGAUGGAACAAGGGGAGGAGCUGUGGGUCCCAGAUCUCCAAGGAUUUGAGGGACAGGAGAUCCCAGGAGGCACGUGCGCCAGUGGGGAACUCAUUCAAGCAACUCAGAAGCCCUCAGACUCUUGCUCUCCCUGGCAGAGGCAAGGACCUGUGUCCAGAUUCUCUCCAUUUAUUGCAGUUGCAGAGGGGAUGGUAAAUGAGGAUGUGGAGGACAAUCCCCAGCAGAACGUCCCUAACAAGCUGGGGCUGCAGGGGCUUGACCAUGGAGAAGCUUGUGGGACUGACAGCAACUCAGAAAGGCAGCAGAGAAACUGCUCAGGAAAGAGAGAGGUUCAGUCCCUUCCGAGUGACAAAGUCUUCAUGGGCGAGAAUGUCCCCCAGAACUACCCCACUGGAGAGAAUAUACACCUGGAUACAGAGUGUGGGGAAGCCUCUGGUCUGCACUCAGGCCUGGGACAACGUCAGACAGCCCAGUGGGGAGACAAACCCCAUAAAUGUGCCGAGUGUGGGAAACGCUUUUGUGGGAGCUCGAACCUGAUUACGCAUCAGAGAAUCCAUACGGGAGAAAAACCCUAUCACUGCCCCGACUGUGGGAAAAGCUUCAGCGUGAGAUCAAACCUCACGACCCAUCGGAGAAUUCACACAGGAGAGAAACCUUAUAAGUGCCCUCACUGUGAUAAAAGGUUCAGCCAGAGCUCAGACCUCACUAAACACCAGCGAAUCCACACAGGGGAGAGACCUUACGGAUGUGAUGCAUGUGGGAAAAGCUUCAGUCGGCGCGCUCGGCUCCUGACGCACCAGAGAGUCCACACGGGAGUGAAACCUUAUAAAUGCCCUGAGUGCGGGAAAAGCUUCCGCGUGAGCUCCCAUCUCACUAAGCAUCGACGGACCCACACAGGAGAGAGGCCUUAUCCUUGCUCAGAGUGCGGGAAGAGCUUCAGCCAGAGCUCAGACCUCACUGCCCACCAGAGGACCCACAUGGGGCAGAGACCCUAUGGAUGCCCUGACUGCGGGAAAAGCUUCCGCCAGAGCUCCCACCUCGUUAGACACCAGAGAACCCACAUGGGUGAGAGGCCCUUCAGAUGCACUGAGUGUGGGAAAAGCUUCAGCGUGAGCUCAGAACUCCUCUCCCACCAGAGAACUCACACCGGCGAGAGGCCCUUCACCUGCCCCAGCUGCGGGGAGAGCUUCGGCCGGAGCUCCACCCUGGUCCUACACCAGAGAAUCCACAGCCAGGAAAAGCCCUACAAAUGCCCCGACUGCAGUAAAGGCUUUGGACGUAGGUCACUCCUCAUCCUGCACCAGAGGGUCCACCUCGGGGACAGACCCUACAGCUGUGGGGACUGUGGGGAGAGCUUUAUUGACGGCUCCAACUUUGUGAAACACCAGAGAGCCCAUGUGGGAGAGAAGCCCUACAAAUGCCCCGAGUGCGGAAAAGGCUUUGUGCGCAGCUCGGAUCUCAUUAAACACCAGAGGAUCCACGCCGGGCACAAGCCGUUCACAUGCACUGAGUGUGGAAAGAGUUUCAGCGAGAGCUCCAACCUGCACAGGCACCAGAGGGCCCACGUGGGUGAUCGGCCCUACAUGUGCUCCAACUGUGGGAAGAGCUUUGGCCAGAGCUCUGACCUCAUCAAACACCAGCGCACGCACAUGGGUGACCGGCCCUACAAAUGCACCGACUGCGGGAAAAGCUUCAGGCAGACCUCGGACCUGGUCAAACAUCAGAGGAUCCACAAUGGAGAGAAGCCCUACAAAUGCCCGGACUGUGGGAAAAACUUUAGCGUGAGCUCGAGCCUUGCCUUGCACCAGAGAAUCCACGUCACAGUGAAGCCCUACGAGUGCCCUGAGUGCGGGCAAAGCUUCAGCAUGAGAUCCACCCUGUCUACGCACCAGAGGAUCCACAGCGGAGAGAAGCCCUUCAAGUGCUCCGAUUGUGGGAAAGGUUUCGGCCGCAGCUCCAACCUGGUCAGGCACCAGCGGAUCCACACCGGGGAGAGACCUUACCGGUGCUGGGACUGUGGGAAAAGCUUCACUCAGAGCUCAAUCCUAAAUAGACACCGGAGAGUCCACAUGGGAGAGCGGCCUUUCCUGCCUGCUGCAUCAAAGUGAUGGACUAAGCCAAUGAUACCUUGGCCAGCUGGCCUGAGGGUUUUUGGCACUUGUUGCCUGGCCAUACACCCCUCACGGCAAGAGACAACUGUGACCCUGGGCUGGUGUGACUGCGAAUGAUGAUUUUAUUAUCCAUAUAAAUGUCUAGCCUUUUCCUGAAUCCUAGUACACAUUCCUCCCCUCAGUACUUUCUUGGGUCUUUUCCUGGAGGCCUGAGUUCCCUCAUGUCAGCUGAGGCCUUGUCUACACAGGAAAGUUAAGGUGUGAAUUUAAACUGAUCUAGUUAUCCCUGUUUAACCCCCAGCCCCAUGUGGAAGCUUUUAUUCCAAUAUAAGAGUGGUCUUUUUCCAGUUUAGUUUAUAUAGUUUAGCCACAGGAAUUAAGCAAACUGAAUACGGCACUCUUACGCUGGUAUCACUGGCAAAACUUUCCCCACACAGAGAAGUCCUGGGGCUCUCUGGUUUCUGGAACUUUGUGGAGUAAGUUCUCCCCCUCCCCUUGUGUUCAAACAGUGGAAAUGCAUGGAUGUCUUCUCAGUGAUCUCACAGGCUUCUUCAGGUCAGUUCAAAUCUUAACCCCUUCCUUGCUGCUUUCCCAAAGGUCAGCGUUAGCUAGCCAGUGGUCACAAUGACUCAGACUUAGCUGAGUCCGUCACUGUACAGCAGCAUCAGCCGCUCUCAGUGGUGGAAACAGCGCUAGGGACAGUUCAAUGGUCCAUGUUUGUUGGGGGUGGGGAUGUUGAUAGAAAGUGAGCUGAAAGGGGCUGUUCAGAUAAAAUACCCACCACAAACACUGGAAAAGGAUCUAGAUUCUACUCUUAGUGAUGCUAGGGUGAAUACUGAGUGGCCCCAGCAGACUCAGUGGAGUCACUCUGGAUCAAUCCUGGUGUAGGAUAGAGUGGAAUGUGGCCAAAUGGGGUACGUCUACAAAGCAGGAAAAGUAAAACCCAUGGCGGUGAGUUUAUGAGCCUGGGUCUACAGACUCAGGCUUGCAGGGCUCACGCUAGGAAGCUAAAAAUAGCUGUGUCCAUGUUGUAGCUUGGGCUGGAGCUCGAGCUCUGAAACCCAACCUGAGCUGGAAAGUCUACAUGGUAGCACGAGCCCCGCAAGCCCCAGACUGUAGACACAGGCUCUGAGCCUCACUGAGAUAUUUUUGCUGUGUAGAUGUACCCAUGGCGUUUAAUGGUUUAUUAUUUCCUCUUACUCUCUGCUAAGAACUGUGUUGUUACAGUGGGAGGAUGUGUACUCCACAAGUGUGUGUUUCCCCACUGGUUCCUAUACGGCUUCCUGUAUUAAUGGUGUUGCUUUCUUGGCAGAUUCAGUGAGGUAGGAAAAACAGCAGCAUUUUACCAGAGGAAUGAUUUUUUUCAGUGGAAAUUAAAAUAUAUUUCUGUGCAGAAUGUCUUCCCCAAAAUCAGGCUGGCAGUCUGGGGGACAUCAGCACAGCCACUGGAGAAGCUGGAGAUGCAUUUGUCAUAAUCCCUGAUAUCAGUUAUAUCAUCUCAGUGCUCCUUUGACACUUGUCAUUUUGUUAAAUGUCCUUUUUUUUUUA